UUCCGCUGCGUCAACAACCUAACAGAUGAACGUAGAGAACUCAUUAGCACACUCCCAUUCGAGCUGGGUUGGCUCCCGAUGUUCAUGCACUUCUACCAGGGCUUCUGGUACACCACCCGCCAACUGAACAUGAUCCUCCCGGUUCAACACCAAUUCAGGGCUCUAGACUCCGACAUCAUCCUUGCUUCGACCCCCAAGUCAGGCACCAUAUGGCUUAAAGCCAUCCUCUUUUCCCUCCUACACCAAUCCUACUACUAUUCUAAUAUAACAGUGGAUCAUCCCUUGCUCCGGAAAAAUCUGCACGAACUCGUACCUUUCUUGGAAUUCCUCCACAUGUUGGACAUGAAUCCGGACCUCUCAGCAUUCACUUCCCCAAGGCUGCUAGCCACCCACAUCCCCUUCGGAUCACUUCCAGAGUUCAUGAAGGAUUUCGAAUGCAAGAUUGUGUACUUGUGCAGGAACCCAAAGGACACAUAUGUCUCCCUAUGGCAAUUUACAAAUAAUUUACUGCCCAAGGAAAUUGGGACGACAAGCUCACUUGAGGAGACAUUUGACAAGUUUUGCAGAGGGGUGAGCAUGGAUGGACCAUUCUGGGACCAUGUCCUGGGCUACUACAAGGCCAGCUUGGAGAUGCCCCAUAAGGUCUUUUUCCUAACGUACGAGGAAAUGAAGGAGAAACCUCGUGAGCAGUUGAAGAGAUUGGCUAGUUUCCUAGGCUGCCCUUUCUCGGAAGAUGAGGAGGAGGUUGAUGAGAUCCUACGGCUCUGCAGCUUCGACAAUUUGAGCAAGCUAGAGGUGAACCAGAACGGAAAACUCUCGACAGGGCACGAGAACAAGUCGUUCUUCAGAAAGGGCGAAGUGGGAGAUUGGGUAAGCUAUUUGACUCCGGAUAUGAUUGAGAGGAUCGACCGCAUCACUGAGGAGAAGUUCCAUGGGUCGGAUUUAAAGCUCUAGAAGCGAUUUAGUUUAUCUUCACUUGUUCAUUGCCUACUCUCCAGUACCAAUGUAAACCUAUACCAACAGUACUCGAUUUACUGUUUACAUAGACUGUGCAAACUCUCCCCUAGUAAUGAUCAAAUUAUAUAAUAACA